CCACCACUCAUUCGUUUCGCGACGCGUCGUCUCGCCGGCCGGCUUCCGUCUGAUUCGAUCGGGUUCAUUCUCAUCGCGUUUCUCCUAUUGCUCGAUCGUCUCCUCGCUCAUAUCAAACAUGACGGAAAGCACUGACGCCCCCGCGGCCGCGGCGCCCGAGAAGACCCCCACCGAGAACGGGACCACCGAAACCCCGCCAGAGGAGACCCCGGAAAAGGCUACCGAAGAAAAAGAAAAGGAGACACCCCCGCCGAAGGAGAUGCGCGCUGUUGUACUCACCGGCUUCGGUGGUCUUAAAACGGUCAAGAUUUUAAAGAAACCUGAGCCUACGGUGGGCGAGGGAGAGGUCCUUAUCCGCGUUAAGGCAUGCGGCCUGAACUUCCAAGACCUGAUCGUUCGUCAGGGAGCUAUUGAUUCUCCUCCCAAGACGCCGUUCAUCCUAGGCUUUGAGUGCGCAGGAGAGAUCGAACAAGUCGGAGAAGGAGUAACCGAUUUUAAGGUUGGAGAUCAAGUGGUAGCUCUGCCGGAGUACAAGGCCUGGGCUGAGCUGGUGGCUGUACCCGCCCAGUAUGUGUACGUGUUACCCGAGGGUAUGUCGGCCUUGGACGCUGUCGCCAUCACCACCAACUACGUGGUUGCCUACCUACUGCUCUUCGAAAUGGCCAAUCUGACACCCGGCAAGAGCCUACUCGUUCACUCCGCUGGGGGUGGCGUUGGCCAGGCGGUGGCUCAGUUAGCGAAGACGGUUGAAAACGUGACCGUAUACGGCGUCUGCUCCAAGAGCAAGCACGAGGCUCUCAAGGCCAACAACAACAACAUCGACCACCUGCUGGAGAGAGGCAGCGACUACACAAGCGAAGUCAGGAAGUCAUCCCCUGAUGGCGUGGACAUUGUUCUUGAUUGUCUGUGCGGCGAGGAGUGCAACCGCGGCUACUCCCUCCUCAAGCCCAUGGGACGCUACAUUCUUUAUGGCUCAUCCAACAUCGUGACCGGCGAGACUAAGAGCUUCUUCAGCGCGGCGCGUGCUUGGUGGCAGGUGGACAAGGUGUCUCCUAUCAAGUUGUUCGAUGAGAACAAGAGCCUCGCGGGCUUGAACCUGCGGCACCUGCUGUUCCAGCACGCCCGGGGCGACACCGUCCGCCGCGCCGUGGACAGAGUGUUCGCGCUCUGGAAGCAGGGCCAGGUCAAGCCCCUGGUCGACUCCACCUGGGCCCUGGAAGACGUCGGUGAGGCUAUGCAGAAGAUGCACGACCGCAAGAACAUCGGCAAGCUGGUCCUAGAUCCUUCCUUGGAGCCGAAGCCGAAGCCGGCGACACCGGCCAAGGGGAAAUCCGGAAAGGAGAAGAAACCAGCCAAGGAGAGCUCCGAGGAGAAGAAGGACAAGGAGUCCAAGGAAGAAGAGAAGAAGAACGAGAACGGUGACAAGAACGGUGAGGAGGUCACUAACGGUAGUGACGAAGAGUCGAAGGAAAAGGAGAAAGAGAAGGAGAAGGAAUCUAGCUGAAUGGUUUCCCCGGAGACCUGGACCUCUAAGACCACCGUCAACUGAUUAUUUUAUAAUAUAUUCUGACCGCCUCGUCUCGGCGUCUCGCUGUGUUGCCUCGUUAAUUUACUUCGUUCAUAAGUCUGAGUGGUCCGCCGCCGCGCGUCGGACGCGACCACGUUUACUUUAGUUUAUAUAUUAUCAUUAUUUUUUUUACAUCUAUCAUCACAUAUUAUAGUGUUAUUUACGAGCGUAUUUUUUUAAUGAUUACAAUUUUUUUUAAUGCAUUAUUUUAUUAUAUUUUUUUUAAUCUGGCCUAAUUUAAGUUUCCGAACUGUCGAGUCUUAUAGUUUAAUGUUAAGACUAUUUUAGGAUGAGAUAUUUUAGUCUGCGGUUAUUUUGAAUGGCUAUUGUAUAUCUAAGGUGCAGAGAUGCUUAAUCUUUAUGUAUGUUAAGCUUUAAUAUUUUAUUAGUAAAUGUUUAAAAUUUUCGGCCCCGGAGACCCACACCCGCCCUCCCGUCGCGGGUCACUCACUCACUCGAUCGAUCAUUCACUCACUCUUUCGCCGCACUUUUGGUAAUACAAACGAAACCCUUUGUGUGAUAUUUUGUAAUAGGCAUGCUAGAUUUUUUACGAUGCCUUUAUAUAUUAUUUUUACUUUGAGCUUAAAAGUCAGUUGAGUGUUUUAUAAUUAUAUUUUUUAUACUUAGACGUUUUGUACAUUAUUUUCUAGUUAAGAAAAAUAACAAAAAAAAAAUUAAAUAAAUAUGUUCUUCAGCUGUCUACAGCGUCGGUAAAUUCUCGAUCGGACGAAAGUUUUUUCUCAAAUUUGAUAUGAGGUCAUAUUUUUAUAGAAACUAAACUAAACUCGGAUCUCUGGUGACACGAACCUAUCUUUACACUCUUUUAUCACAUAUCUAAACACACCUUAACACUGUAUAUUAGAUUAACGUUUUGAUAACAAUAUUCACAUAGUUUUCUUUAUACCUAGCAUAUAUUAAAGGACCCUUGAGUUUUAAUGUUGUAAGUGACUAUCCGCCAUAUUAUGUACAGUGUGGAUAUAGCCUAUGUAUAACGUACCCAGUACUAAUGAACAUUGUAUCUGUAUUACAUAUCAAGAGCAUAUUGUCAUAUAUAUCUGAAAGGCUGAAGUAGUCCGGCAGUACCGGAAUAAAACGAGGCUCUGGUUUCCGUAUAAUUGCAUACGAUCAGCUCAAUAAAUACCUGCCAUUGUCGACGCUGACGCAAACAUGUUCGAUGUGACGCGGAAACUGACAUGUAGAAUAUUUUAUACGUUUUUACCUUUCCAAUUUUUCGAUAAUGUUUUGCACGAGCAUAAUUUGCGUUGGCGCGUAAUUUGAUGUCCGACCUUCGUAUCACUAAAAGUGUUUAGUCGAUUGCCGCUGAGACUCCCGCGUGUAGUGUGCUCGCGGCGCCGUGUCCGUGUCGCUUGUAAGUUGUAUCACAGUGGCUUGGUGCUAGUUUAUUGUACGCGGACACAGCUCGCUUCAGUGUUCUCGGACCAAUAUCUUAAUGCUUAGUCUUCAUCGAUAUCUUUGUCGCUUUAUGUGUCAAAUAUGUGCGAAUUUCUUAAUGUUAACGUAUAUGAUUAAAUUUAAUAAAUUAUUGUGUAUCGACUAUACCUGUGUAACGGUUUAGAUUAAUUUGGAUUCUCUUUUAUAUAUAGCUGACGACGUCGAUGUCCGUCCUGACUGUCGCCGCGCUGUCAGUGAAUGUGUCCAAAUUGUUGUAGGUUUAGUAACUUUUUGAAUCCAGUAUUUAUUGCGGGGGGACGCCAUUGUUGGCGUUUGACAGGCGACAGCGUCAGUUGGCGCGGAUAUCGGUUGACGUAUUACACAUUUAUUUUUGUAAGGGCGGGCCAGUGUGAUAUCUAUAGUAUGAAAUGGAUAAAUAAAUAUGUAUGAUCUGUAAAAAUGCUUAAA